GUAAAAUCUUUUCUAUAAUCCGAGAGAGAUUGAGAGAGAAACUGAGAAAGAGAGGUAUACACAGUGAACCGUGGAGAAGUAUUUUUCCACUGUUGCAAACGUUAAUAGCAAAAUAGCUAAAUGGUAAUGCUCAUCAGAUUCAGAGGCAAAGCAGCUCUAGCUCUAUUCGCUCACAGUUCCAUAUUUCACUGCAAUGGCUUUGGACACCUCCUUUCCUUAUACUGUUUCAGAUCUCAAUUUCUCUACUCAACAACCUCUACCCGUAAUCGUAUCUCAACCCAUUUCUUGAUUAAAUACCUGGUUGAUUCUCUAGGGUUCUCAAGAAAAGAAGCAAUUUCUACGUCUUCCAAGCUAACUCCACAGAAAACCAUAAAAAAUCCCGAUUUACUCCUCAAUUUCUUGAUACAAACCGGUUUUGACGAGACCCAGAUUAAAAAAUUGGUUUUUCGAGCACCCAGAUUGCUAUACCGUGAUGUUUCCAGAACCCUAAUACCCAAACGCCAGUGCCUUGUGGAUCUCGGGUUAUCCGGGUCGGACCUGGUGAGUGUAAUUGCAAAAGAUCCUAAUAUUUUUGAGAGAAGUUUCGAUACUCAUUUAAGACCUACCAUUGGUUGUCUUAGGAGAAUUUUGGGUAGCGAUGAAGAUGUUGUUAAGGCUAUAAAGAGAGCUGUUUGGUUGCUCUCUUUUGGUACCCAUCAUAUUAUGGAGACUAAUGUUUUGUUGUUGAGAAACUAUGGUUUUUCUGAUUUGAUGAUAAAAAAAUUUGUGCUUAGAAAUCCUAAUUCUAUUACACAAAAGUCUGAGUGGUUUAAGGAUUUGUUGCAUAGAGUGGAGAAGGAUUUCCAAGUUACGCCUGACUCCGCUACUUUUCUACAUGGAUUUCGUGCGUUAGCCAGUCAAAAGAAAUCUACGCUGGAAAAGAAGAUUGGAUGGUCUGAUGAUCAUAUAUGUUCAGGAAGCUACCUCAUUGUGUUGCUUUCUCAGAGGUUAAAAUUGAGAAAGCAUUGUUGGACUUGUGGUCUAUGGAAUGGAACUGCUGCUUUGCUUAGUAAGAGUCUUUGUGGACAUGAUCAUUACGAGUUUUGGCUCAACUUGGAUAUCUUCCCCAGAGACAGCUUUCUCAUCUCAGCUUAUACAGUUGUAGCGUUGUCAAAGGUGCGUUUAAAACACGCUUUUGUGGGCGUUUCAGUGUCGUAUCAAGGUUCUAAGGUUAGUAUUAAGAAAGCAUUGAAUCUUUACAUGAAGGAGCUCAGUUUCGAACUUGCUUACUUGGCUUCUCAUCCUGCAGUUUUGGCUUAUAGUAUGGAGAAAAGGGUGGUACCAAGGAAGAUUGCGAUGUUCAAGAGUUUUGGAUGGUCUGAUGAUGAAAUACUCGAGUUAUUCAGGAAGCUACCGCUUUGUAUUGCUCUCUCAGAGGUUAGAAUUGAGAAAGCAUUGAAUCUUUACAUGAAGGAGCUCAGUUUUGAACCUUCUUACUUGGCUUCUCGUCCUGCAUUUUUGGCCUAUAGUCUGGAGAAAAGGGUGAUACCUCGGAUGCAAGUUUUGAAAAUUUUGGAUGAAAAGAAGCUUGAGAGGAGAAAGGUGAGUCUCUAUUAUGUUCUGACCUUAACAGAGUCAAAGUUCAUAGACUAUUUCGUGCCGCCCUACAAGGAUCAGAUACCCGAUCUGUAUGAAUUGCACGAAAAAACUGUAGCUCCUUAACAGUUUUGGUUUACUUUUGGCACUUAAGGUGCUGAGAUCUUUCUAAAAUUGUAAGUAGUAGUUCAAUAAUUUUGUGCUUUUCUUUUUUCAGUUUAUAUUCUAAAAAGCCACAGACGGUGUUGCCAAAAUUCAUUCCUGGAAUUGGGGCAUAGUUUACUGAAACACCUUCCUCGUAUAUACAAGUUUCAACUGCUCUGAGCUAUA